AAACUGUGAAAUGAAAAUAUGAAACAUUUUUUGUGUUGUAUGUAUUGUAUAUUUUAAAACAUAAUUGAAUAUGGUGUCAUAUUCAUCAAUUAAUUUAGUAGAUUCAAUAAUCGACGAGGUGGCAUUAGAAGGUUUGGAUGGUAUUACUAUAGAAGCACUAUGGUUACGUUUAGCUCAUCGACUUCACAAUUCUUUACCAUUCCCAAGACCAUUUAUGACUCAGAUAUGGUCAAUAUGCAUGCUGAUCAGAGAAUUUUCAUUUUACAAAUUAGAAACUCCAAGGGAACCACUUGUAAUUUUCGAUCGCUAUCAGUUUGUGGAUCCUGAUUUAGGUAUCAUAUUGGAACCAGAAACUGUACCUCCAGAUAUUUAUCCACAUUGUCCUGUGAAUGAUGUUGCAAAUGGUAUUAAAGGAUCUUGUUCUACUUAUAAUACUCGGGAAGAUAUCACAGGACUUGUAAGAAACCUUAGCUUAGAAGAAGUUACUAAAAGAUAUGGACAAAAGUUAGUUAUUGUUGCAUCACAAUGUGCUAGAAAUCAUGCCCUAAUGGGGGACGAAAUAUCUCCAAUACUUGAAUUAAAUGUAAAACAGUAUUGUUUUCUAGAAAGAGUAGGUAGAUCACGAUAUCAUGGCGAAGUUACUCAGGGAAAACUUAGUCUCAGUGCACUAAAAGAAGAUUCUAAAAGCUUAUUUUAUAUUCGAAAAUUUUUACUACGUUAUAAGCUAAUAACGAAACAAAUACAUCAUCAGAAAAGUGAUAAUUAUGGUUGUAAUGGAAGUCUGUUACAUCUUCCAAGGUUUUUUGUUGAAAGAAAACCAAAAAUGAUUUUCUUGGCAGAAGAAGUUAUCAAAAUUCUUAAAUCAAAACCCAAUUAUGUUGCAGAAUAUGAUGAAAUAAAACGUAAACUGCAAAUUGAAAAAGCAUUAAGCAAAUUGUUUAAAACUUCAUUUUUCCAAAAAGUUGUGAAAACAGAUAUUAAAAUACCAUAUAGAACUUUAUAUCCUACAGCAUCACCAGAAGAAUGGCAGCAGAAAAAUGAUUCUACAAAGGAGAAGAAAAUUAAAGUAGCACAGUUAUUACUGCCAAAUAUUAAUAUCCUUGAAGCAUGGAAUAAAGAUGAAAUACAAGAUGAAGAUGAAUCUCAAGAGAUAAAUAUUUCAAAUCAUAGAUAUGGUGUGCCAUAUUUGAAACAAGCAAAUACAAUAAUUGAAGAUAACAGAAUUGAUGGUGUAUGCCAAGGAAGUUUGGCUAAAAUAAUGGGAUUAACGAAAUUACAGUCACGGACGAUUUUGCGAAACAUAGUUAAAACGAAUAUUGUUGCUACUUAUAUGAGUGACAUUGGUAGACAAAGGCUUGCAAAAUAUGUAUCGAAAAGGUAUGAGAAAGCUAGUAAGCUAAGUAAACAGUUUGAGAAAGAAAUGCAUAAAAUUAAAGAACUUACAAAGCAAAUUACGACUGAAAAUGAUAGCUUGGAAAAAACUAAAACGAUUAUAAAGCAAGAAGAAAAUACUGUUAUUAAUGAUGAAAAGGAGAGCGUAGAAAAGGUGGUUGAAUCUGAUACUGUUGAUAAGGAUGACCUACCAGAAAAAAGGUCGUACACUGAAAGAGUAGAAUUACAAAAAACGUUUUAUGUUGUUAAUCGUAUAUUAUAUAAAUAUCAUAUAACAAAACGCCCAAAUAGAUAUAAAUGCAUUUUCUCUAACUACUUAUUGGAUAAAAUUAAUAAAGUUCAAAUAAAAAAAGAAAAUUCAUACUCUAAUAAUAUGUUACUACAAAUUUCUGAAUUAUCAAAGAAUGAAAAGACAGUAGCUGCAUAUAAAAAUAUAAAAGUUGACAUAAAAGUUUUUAAAUCAAAAGAUGAAGAAAAACCAGAAAAUGAAAUAUAUGGAUUUAUGGAAGAUAUACAAAAUAGUGAGAAGAAAAGUGUGACAAAUAUUACAUAUAGAAUAUUGCGAAGAGCUAAUAUGAUUAUGGAAUCAGUUAAAAAGCAUAGAAUCAUUGAUGAUACGACAAAGUUAAUGAAGAUGAUAUAUGAGGAAGAAGAUAAAGAAGGGUAUGAUGUAAAAAUCGAUAAAAAAUCGUUAAUAAGAUUGCUACAAAAGCUUGCAAAAGAUAAUUUAGUGAAAUAUAUAAAAAUAACUCUGAGUGGAAAUGGUAAAGAGAAACAUUUAACAUAUAUAUGUGAUCCAAACAUUGAUGUUAAUAGUACCAUUAUUCAGUCAACCGUGGAACAAGCAAAAUUGAAAUUCUUUUUCAUGACUUCUCAAAAACCUAGAUCGUCUCUGAAACACACAGAAAAUACAACAAAAUUUGUAUUAAACAAAGAUGUUGAUGAUGCAUAUAAAUUUGAAACUGAUCAAUCUCCAUUUCAACAAUCUACAAUACCAACAAGAUCUAAAUGUAAUUCUAGAAUAUCAAGAAAAUACGGAUAUAGUCCGAAAUUUCUUCGUAUGAAAGCAUUACAUAUCUUUUUAUUUUAUUUGGUUUAUGAACAUCCUGGUGAUCAAACUCUUUCAAAAGCAGAACAAAUACAAAUUUUACGAGAUAAUGAUUUUAACAUUACAGAAGAGUUAACAGAGGAAUUUAAUACAAUUUAUACUAAAGAUGUUAGCUGGAAAAUGUUUGUUCCGCCUUUGCCACAAUAUAAUGGUUGGCCUCGAGGAUGGACAUUAAUGUGUGACUUUCUUUUACGACUUCCUUUAUCGAUAUUCUUGAAGAUUCAUUACGUUUCAUUUACAAUACCAGAAAUGGACAAAUAUAUAAAUCAUCCUAUUCGGAAACAUUAUUUAGUUAGAGAUUUACCAGUUGAUAUUCGAAAUUCUUUGUUCUAUGCACGGAAGUAUGUAUUCCAUAUUCAUGAAACUGUAACAAGAUUAUGUUAUAUUGGAUUGGUACAGUUUGGACCACAAAAAUUAAAAGAUAAGGAUCAAGUAUUUAUUUAUGUGAAUCGUCGUACUGAAUUAAUGGAUACGACAUCUUCUGCUCCUAGUUAUCAUGUAAUUGAAGAUAAACAGUAUCUCAUAAUGAAAUAUAACUUUACCGGAAUUCAGGUAGUUGAGAAAUACUGGUAUGAUAUGUGGAAUACAUGUAUGAACACGCCUUUAGGCGGACGACUUGUUGUUGAAGGAAAAGAUAUAGUAUUAGAGGAUUUGAAUAAGAAAGUUGAUAUGAUUCAAUCAGUGGUAGCUCGGUCUCCAGAAGAAGCUGUCAAAUUUGAUACUGGCAAAGUACCUGGAGAUCGCAAAGGUGCUGCUGGAACAGAUUCAGCGUGUUGUGCUUAUCUUAAAAGAAAUUGGAAUUGGGGUUUCUCUAGUUUUGAAGUCCAGCAGAAAAGGAAACAGCAGAAUAUAGUUUAUGAAAGAGACUUGUAUCUUUCUAAAAUAAAGGCAAAACCUUUUAGAUUUACUGAAUUUUCUGGUUUAAAAACAGUAUCUGGGCCUCCUUCUUUAAGUGCAACAGAAUUCAAAAAGAAGGUACAAACUAAAAAUAAUGAAAAUUUGGAUCAGCAGAACAAAUAUGAAGCGUUGACGUCCCAGCGAAGCACGAAGCAAAAAUCUUAUGUUAGAAGAGUACAGCCUCGUAAAUGUAGUAGUAAAAGACGAACAAAGUAUGACGAGGUUGAUUAUCGAGCAUUACAACGGAUGCACAAAUUACGAGUAAACUGGAAACCAUACGAGGAUAAGAUUUUGCUUGUUUGUAAGGUCGCUAUGAUAUAUUUUUGUCCAAAUCCACGUAAACAAGUAAUAACAUUUUCUACAGUAAGAGACGUGCUACGGUCAUAUUCAUACAGUUCACAUAACAAAACGUCAAAAGCUUGUCAACGACGACUUUUAUAUAUGCUCAGACAACAACGAAACGUUAAUACUGUUGCUUUAGGUGUUGAAGAACUCAAACAGAAUUUUUUCCUUAAAAAGCGGUUUGGUGGUAUUGUGAAUAAACUCAAAGAAGGACAUAAAAGCUCACCUGAAUAUGAGAAGCAAGUUACAGAGGCGUUCAAAUCACUUGUAGCCUACAUUGCAAAGAAGUAUUAUGAUAUUUCAGAUGUUGGAUCUAAAGAACCACUGCCUGUACCAAAAACAGUGCAAGAAUUUAAUUUAUUUUACAAAGUUGUACAUCCUACAAAACCAUUCCAUAAUCGUGGUUUCACAAAAGAUAUUCAAAAUAUCAAUGACAUACACUCUGCAGUCGUAAAUUCUGUCAUUAAUAGUUCCAUGUGUUGUGGAAAAGAUAGAAGAUCCUGGACAUAUCAACUAUUUAAAAUAUAUCAACAAUAUCCUGACAUGUUGUUAAGAAAUGCUUUGACAAAAAUUCAUAGUGAUCAAAUGGUUACUAUUAAAAAGAAUCACUUGCCUAAUAUAAGAAAACAUGGCAAUUAUAUGCCGAUGAGUAGUUCUCAGUAUCAAUUAAGUAAUACUUAUAUAUAUAAAUUUCAUACUAAAUGGCCAUAUGCUUUAUUCAAAGAAUCAUAUGAUGUUUUCUAUAAACUUAGUAAUUGGUAUUGUCAUAAUGAAAUGAAUGAUCAAAACAAAACAUCAGAUAAUUUUAGUGGCGUCGAAAUAUCCUCGAUUACUGGUGGUUUAAUAGGAGCGAUACAUGAUUAUAUUGUACAAGAUCAAAUAGAUUUUGAUAUUGAAAUACCUGAUCAAGUUAUAAUGCUUGAUCCUAGAUUAAAAGAAAAAGAUGAAACAUACUUUAGAAUAGCUAAACGAUAUCAAGAUAUAUUAGUUAAUUUAGAUAAUUUGAAAUUUAUAAAAGAAUUUUCUUUGCAAAACAAUGGUGCAAUGAUUGAUCUUGAAAAGCAUGACGACAAAAGCUUUGAUUCCCAUACUGCUACUUUACAUUAUAAUAAUGAUGUACAUAAUGUUGAUGGAAAAUCAGAUAAAGAUGGUUUCUCGGAUUUAGAUACAGAGAAGAACACACAUCUACAAGAAUUUGAAGGUGAAAAAACAAAUUUCGAAGAUCCGAAACCUUUUACUGAUUGUGACGAAAUAAAUUUCAAUACUGAUGAGGAGAACGGCCGUAAUGUAAUUGAUGAUAAACAAAAUAUAAUUAAAUUUCAAGAUGAAAUUAAAAUUGUCUUAAACAAAGACGAUGUCGAGCGUUUAACACUUUGUGAUGACGAUUCAAUAAUGGAAACAGAAGAAGAUAAAAUAUGUACUGUCGAUAAUCCUAAAAUAGAUAAUGAGGUGCAAGCAAGAGAUACUGGCGAAAGUUUAUAUAAAUUGCCUGAAGUUGAAAAUGUGAUUCACGUACAACAUAAUCCUGCAUUAUUAUUGGAAAGUACAAGUAGUAAAGAUGAAGAUAGAAUGUUAAAUAUUGAAAAUUCAUCUUCAUUCCAUUUAGACCUACAAUUGAAUGCCGACAAAGAAAAUAAAUUAAUUACUUCUGAGAGAAAAAGGCGAAGGAAUGAUAAUGAAGAUAUGUUUGAUUUAGGUAAACCUGCUCAAAAGAAGAAAAUAUUAGAUUGUAAAAUUGCAGAUGUAGAAGAGAAUGAAGAAGUAUUACGAAGAAAUGAUGUCAUUUUGAUUGAAACAUCAAAUAAAACACAAAAUGAAGAUUUAAGAGAACAUUCCACAAAUGAAACAAUUGAAAUUAAUGAUGCAAAAUCUAGUAACGAACAAUAUAUUUCGAAUAAUGAACGUGAAAUUUCAUUACAACCAAAAAAGGGCAGUGGAAAUGGUUUUACACUUGUUAGUGAUAUCCUAAAAAAUAUUCCAACAGAACAGAGUUGUUUGAAUUCAUAUUGCAAGAUUGAUGAUUCAGAUGUACACAAGCGGUACACUCGUAUAGCUUUAUUGCGAAUGAGAGAAGAAUUAAGCGAACUCACAGUAGCAGAUAGUCAUCAUGCACAUGAAUAUUUUGUCGUAAAUAUGUUCAAAGUUUAUUAUUCUUUACAUCGAUCAAACUCACAAAAAAUUGAUAAAACUGAAGCCUUUAAAGAUCUAUCAAUACCCUCAGAUCUAUUACCUUUAAGAUUAAAUGCUAUAAAUGACUUAAUACAAGAAAUAAAUAAAUUUGCAGUUUACCCUAAAGAUGGUAUUUCAUAUUCUGAUUUCAAAAAAAAUGUGCCCAAUAAUUGUUCAAUGGAUUUGAACAAUAUGGAAGCAAUUUUUAAAUUUGUAUGCGAUAAAAAAGAACUUGGAGCUACUAUCCAAGAGUUGAUAGAUGAAUUUGAAGAUACAUUAGGAGAAAAUUUAUACCAAAUCGUUUCUUUCCUUACCAAUAAUCAUCUAUUCCUGCGAUCCGGUGUAACUACGGUUCGAUAUAUACAUCAUCGUUAUGCUGAUUCUUGGCUAAUACAUUCAUAUAAAAUAAGCCGUCUUGAAAAAGAAUCGCUUAUACCAAUGCCUAAAGGAACUAUAUAUGUGACAGAAUCUGGAGAAGCAUUAAACAAAGAUAAUGAUAUAAAUAUGAUAGAAGAAACCAAACAAAAUCUUACUAUACCAUUAGAAAAUGAAUCAUCCAAAAUUGCUGGUGAAAAUAUAGCUGAAAAAAAUAUUCAGCCAGAGACAAAAGACUAUAAUGAAAAUAAAAAUGAAGAUUCCACUAGAGAUACAUCUAGUCAUAGUGAUGAAGAAUACAACACAGAGAUGAAGAAGAGGAUGUCAAGAAAGAGGAUUAAAUUACUACCUCAGAAAGAUAAAUCUAAAGCUGUGAAACAGUUAGAUUCAAAUAACAAGCAAGAAAUAAAGGUAGUUAUAAAACCAUGGAUUCGAGUAGAUGGUGUUUUAAAUCGUAGGGUACUUGAUCGUAUGUUGGGAUCAAUUUUGUCAUACUGUUUAACACAUCCGGGUAUAUCGUUAUCAAAAAUACAAAAUAGAUUUGUCCCUGCUCUGCAACCAUAUCAUACACGAGAAUUAGUCGAGAUAUUGAUAAAGUUGAGAUGCUUGGACAAAAUACUCUUGAAAGAACCACGUGUGACAUUAUUUUCAAAGCCAUCACAAAUUAAACCAAAGAUUGUAAAUAAUGAUUGGGCUAUUGAUGAAGAUAUUUUCGUUGAACCUACAAAUGGAGCAACAUUAAAAUUCGGAAUAUUUUUAAGCACUAAAAUGUAUAGUACAGAUUUUAUUACAUAACUAGCAAAAUUAAAUU